AUGGCAUUUACCAUCGACAUACCUUUCCCUCAUCCCGGCGUAAACAGCAACACUCCAGAUUGCAGCACUCCAAAUGACACCAUCGAUAUUGACAGCAAUUCUACCAAUCCUCAAAGUCUCCAACCGGUCGUUGUUCGCACCGAUAGCGUUCAUAAUGGAACAGCUAGAAGCAAUAUCCAUGCGACACACACGAUCUAUAGAUUCGAGUUCCUUUCCCCCGUGCGAGAUGUUGAAGCGCUGCGUUCCAACAUGAACCAAGUGACAAGAGCACUGCGUUUUCCUUCGUCAUAUCCAGAGACUCAAUGGGUGCUGGCCAUGAUGUUGGACUGUUACAGGUUAGCCGUUGUCGCGAUUCUAGAGACUCAUGGAAUAGUCCUACAAGGCGCUCCCCAACCAGUCUAUGGCCCGCGACCACGUCCACUACCCCGAGCUGCCAUUUUUCAAAACGUCGAUGCUCGUAUCCAACAUCUACUCGAAACGGGAGGGUUUCGCGAUGCCCGCCGCGUGUCCGUGUCCUCACCAGAACGCAAUACCGAACCCAUCCGCUACGACGACGCUUACGACAACAUGCUGGGAACUCGAUCGGCUGAUGACGGGUCCGCUGCAGCCUAUGCUUAUAGAGAUGGUGCUGAGGCUACGAACGAGUUACGCUUUAGGCAGGGAUUUCACAAUGGUCUUCCGUUCGGGCGGGCACAUGCGUACAUUACCACGCUUGACAGAAACUUGGUUGAAGCACGACAAGUAAGACAUUUGGCUGGGCUUUCAACCAGAUCGAUGGAUAUCGAGAUUGCCAUCCGUGCGGUGCGAGAUACCGACUCGUGGGGUUGGGUCGGGAUGUACUUGUUUGAGUCUAGAUUGAUGGAGAGGGAGUUGCAAUUAACGCUAUGCGUCGCGGAACUUGAAGGAAUGAGCGUUGACUUGAGAUGA